AGUGUUCCUUAAGUGAGUCUUCGGAGACUGACAGUCUUCACUGUCUAUUUCUAAUCGCGGAGGAAGCCCUUGCAAACCCUAAUCCUACAGGCGGAGCAGAGGUAGACAGCGAAGUGCUUUGGGUGAAGCAUGUCGGGCGCUGGUCAGGAGGAGGACAAGAAGCCGGACCAGGCUGCGCACAUUAAUCUCAAGGUUAAAGGCCAGGAUGGCAAUGAGGUAUUUUUCAGGAUUAAACGCAGCACACAGCUUAAGAAGCUCAUGAAUGCUUACUGUGAUCGCCAGUCUGUAGAUUUAAAUUCUAUUGCCUUUCUCUUUGAUGGCCGCAGGCUUCGUGGUGAACAAACGCCCGAUGAGCUCGAAAUGGAGGAUGGAGAUGAAAUUGAUGCUAUGCUCCACCAAACCGGCGGAAGUCUGAUCGACUACGCCUCAGCCUAAGGGAAGAUGAUGGGUCUUUAUAUAGUAUAGUACUAAAACUUUGUGAUGUUCUUCAUAAAUGCUUCUGAUUUUCAAUUGUUAGUUUUAACUAUGGAAGUGAGUUUGGAUAAAAGUCUAUAUAUGUGUUCCUCUUCUUUGAAUCCAAUGUUUGACUUAUUGUCUGAAUGAUUAUCGAAAUGGUUUUUCUACAA